AUCCCAUGAUGCACCGCGCCUUCAACGGCUUCAGUCAUUCAAGCGGCUUUGGCUUAGCUCUGGUGUUCAGGAGAGCGUCUGUUCUGUUAGGCCAUCUGGGUUCGGGUAACCUGUGUCCUGAACCGGACCGGUCCCUGAACGGGGGUCUUUACUCUCUCGUUUCGAGCUGAACUUCCCCGUCCAUGCUUCAGGAAUCACCGGCCGUUGACGGGAAGCGAGCGUUUGGGCGGCAGAAGCGGUGCUGUCAGCGAUAGAACAGCAGAAAGCGUUAAAUACACAGACAUAACACGACCUGAAAGAGAACGGUGGGAAUUUAAGCAUACUUUAAAAGCAAUUUGAUGGAUUUAGAGUCCGGGAGAAACGAACUGGGAGCCAUGGGAGAGUCGCUGCAGCCGCAGACCCCCAGUCGCCACGAGAAAAGUCUGGGACUGCUCACGACUAAAUUUGUGACUCUGCUGCAGGAAGCGAAGGACGGAGUGCUGGAUCUCAAAGCUGCUGCAGAUACUUUGGCUGUAAGGCAGAAACGGCGCAUCUAUGAUAUCACCAAUGUUUUGGAAGGCAUCGGACUCAUCGAGAAGAAAUCCAAGAACAGCAUCCAGUGGAAGGGGGUUGGCCCGGGUUGCAACACGCGUGAAAUUGCAGACAAGCUGAUAGACCUCAAGUUGGAAUUGGAGGAUCUUGACAGGAGGGAACAUGAACUGGACCAGCAGAGAGUUUGGGUUCAGCAGAGCAUCAAGAACGUGACGGACGACUCGCUAAAUAGCCCUCUGGCAUUUGUAACGCAUCAAGACCUCUGCAACUGCUUCAAAGGUGACACUCUUCUAGCAAUCAAAGCUCCUUCAGGAACACAGCUGGAGGUUCCUGUGCCUGAAUCUCAUGUUAAUGGACAAAAGAAGUACCAGAUUCACCUGAAGAGCUCUGCAGGCCCCAUCGAGGUCCUGCUGGUGAAUAAGGACCCCUCUAGUUCUUCUCCAGUGGUGCUGCCUGUGCCCCCGCCUGAUGACAUGCUUCAGAGCCUGUCCAUCCCAUCUUCAACUACCUCUGCUGCUGCUGCCGCCCCAACCAAACCAGCAGCCAACAGUACGCCAUCCUCCACCUCCAACUGCCAGAGUCCCAGCUCCAUCACCACUGUCGUCACCGCCGUCCCUCCCAAAACAACCACUGCCUCUGCUGCUGGGGCAGCUACAGACAUUUCAAGCACCUCCACUUCAGAUGCAACAGCCAAUCCGACGUCAACAGACACGCAGCAGCUUCAGUCUUCUGCGUCAUUGGACAGCAGCUCUUCACUUCCUGAUUCCUCAACCAUUUUUGAACCAAUCAAAACAGACCCUUCAGAUUUGCUGGAUCUCCCCAAAGAACUCUCCGAAAUGUUUGACCCUAAAGAAAUGAUGAGUACAGAUUUGCUUGAGGAGCUGAUGUCAUCAGAAGUUUUCUCUCCGCUCCUCCGUCUGUCCCCGCCUCCGGGUGACCAUGACUACAUCUAUAACCUGGAUGAGACGGAGGGCCUUUGUGACCUCUUUGACGUUCCCAUUGCCAACCUUUGACCUCCAAACACACCGUACAAUGAGAGUAGUGUACUUAAAAGAACUUUCUUUUUUAUGAACCUUUUUGAAAGGAGAAAAAAAAGAAAGUGUGGCUCUGUGUCAGAUCCAUAUGUAUGAUAAGCUGAUUCUGUGUAUAUAACGCUUCUUUUAUACAUGUAUAUUUACGACUUCCCCUGCUAAAUUCAACUGAUGAAUCUGAUGAUGACAUCAGAUAUCCAUACCAACCAUUUGUGUUCAUUAGUCCCAAACAAAUUGUUUUUUAAAUACUUUUAUAUAGACAUUGAGGGAAUCCCAUGACUAAAUUCACCAGCAGAGGUUAAUGGUUCUUAUUAAAUGGUCUUCCUCUUCUAAAGUAGCACCUUCCCCUCCCUCUCGUUCAGCAUAUUUACUGAUCUGGACACAACUAUUAUAUAGAUUGAUAAUGAAACGGUGUAUUACUUGUGUGAUUAUGCUUUUUAAGAAAGCAUGCCUCUGCAUACAUUUUGAAGCGAUUCUGCCAGUAUGUUCUCAUCUUGCAGCUCUCAGAAACACAGUGCGGAAGUAAUUAGAAACUCAUAACGUAGUGGGGAAGCUUGCAUUGCAGUAUAGCGUGUAAAGUGUGGAAUUGAUACAGUUUGGUGCUACAUGGUGAAAUCUAUUUAU